AUGCAACUGGCGGCUGGCGGUGACACACAGAGAAGAGGUAUCGGCGUUGUCUCAGAAAUACCCCAGCCGGCGGUCAUGGCCCUGGAGGAGACUGAAGGCCUGGAGGCCGGCCAGAGGUCUGAACACGUGGAUGUCAGCGAGGAUGUGUACCCCCGCUGCAUCGUGUGGACGCCCAUUCCGGGAUGCACGUGGUGCUUCCCCUUCAUAGGUCAUAUGGGCAUCGGCACUGAAAGCGGCCAGGUCAUGGAGUUCAUGGGCUUUGGUGCCACCAAGGCGCCCAAAGGCGGCCUGUCCUUCGGACCGGUGUGUCGCUACGUGCAAUUGAGUGCCAGAGGAGUGCGGAGAGGGACGUGGGACGAUGCCAUCCGAGCGGCAGCGGCCAAGGCAUCCGGCCGCCCUCAUGGAGCUUGCAUCUCCAACUGCCAUUCGUUCGUGGCCGACUGCCUGCAUGAAAUGAGGUACGGAGGAGUGCCAUGCUGGAACUGGUUGUCCUACACCCUGGCCAUUUGGGUGUUCUUCCUGGGCCGGUUCACAACCUGCCCACGGACCACGGUCGAGACCCCAGGCCUGAAAAGCCACAAGCCACGAGGGCCUAGCUGCCCAGCUGUUGCGCGGAAGGGGCCUGUGAGAUCGGAGAAGCCCACACUGCCUGCCAUGUUGGCCGUGGAUGGCAUCGCGGGACACAUUUGCCAGGUGCGGUGGGCGGGGCCCUGGACGGCAUGGGAGCUCAAGGAGGCCAUUGCGAUACACAGCGCCAUCCCCGCGGAGGAGCAGCGGCUCUUGGUGGGCUACUCGGAGUUGGAGGACUCUGAGGUGCUGACAGCUGCCCCCACCUCGCAGCUGACGCUUCUGCGCCGAAGCCCUGAGCAGGCGCAGCUGCUGCGGCGGCUCCAGACCUGCCCCCCGCUGCGGGCGCUCACGGUGCUGCGCUGCGCGCCUCUGGCGCUGCGCGCAGACCGCGAGGUGGUGCUUUGCGCUGUGCAGAAGAGCGGGCUGGCGCUGCAGUUUGCAGCCGAAUCCCUGCGGGCAGACAAGGUUGAUGUUGCAGAGAUGGAAGUCCUCACAGUUGAAAGCGGACUUGAGUUUCUGACUGAGCAUUCCAGUCUUGGAUGA